AUUGCAAGUUUAUAUAUCACAGUUCUGAGAAAAAAAUCUGAAUUUUGAGAUGUUUUUUAUUUAGUGGCGGAAACGGGCUUCCAUAUGUUUUUAUGUCAAGAAAUUACAGUGCCUGCAGCACUUCCGUCGUAAAGAAAUGGCCUGAUAUUAACUGUUAAGUGGACAUUUGCAUUAAAUGUUGUUUAGUCAAUAUUAAACACGGAUUAGAUUGCACUGUAAAGUGUAAAAACAACCAUCAGGCUGUUGGUGCCUUGUUAUAAUGCAUAUUGUACAUUAGCUCUAUAUGAUUACUUAAUUUUUUAACUAAUCGUCGCAAUUAUAUAUGCAUUUCAAAUAAUUGUAAUAAUUGCUUGCUUAGGUAAAUUUUUAUUUCCACCAAUUAAUCUGAUUACUUGAUUAAUCAUUAGAAUAAUCGACCGAUUAUUUGAUUACCAAAAUAAUUGUUAGUGACAGCUCAAAUUUCAGGCACAUUGCACAGAGUGCGACUUCAAAUUCAAACAAGCUCCGUCAUUUUCAGCCGUCAAAAAUAUUCAAGAAUUGCACUUCUUGUAAUUUCUCUUAAGUACUUUCAUAACUCCUUUCUUAAGAAUAUUUUGGUGAAUCUGGCUACUGAACAUAUUGCUGAACACAGUUUCUCUGCAAGAGAUGACUAAAUUUGACUAAAAUGACACUAUAAAUGUUACAAGAAAUUUCAUUAUCAGUCAGUCUUUUCAUCUGCAACCCUCAAAAGACCAUCAGUUCACAAUUUCAGCUGUCACUUAUAUAGGAAAGUGUGAAAAUAUUUGGAAGAAAACAAAAAUGCAAAGCACGCCAGCAACAAGUACGUGACGGAAUAGAAAUUCAGGUUGACCUAAUACGACCGCUUUGAAGAGAGAUCUCGCUCAUAAAGAGAAAACUCUUUUACCUGAAGCCUUAGGUUCAGUAAAGCUGCCUGCUUGUCAGCAGAUGAUGUUAUCUGCAGAUGCUGAUGUCACAUUUCUUAUAUCUUAGCGGUUGUAGUGAUGUUGUGGUGAGCCCUCCUUUUACUGUAAACACUAAGUGCACUUGUGUGUGUGCACGUGUGUUGCGGUGGCAUGUCUGAUCUACAAACUACAAGGACAUGACUCUGCUGUCAUAGUGGUAUCAGUUCCACUGAACAAAACCAAUGAGUUGACAGCUCAUAGGUGUGAGUAACAGUUAGGGAGAAAGAGUUCACAGAUUAAGACUAGAUAAAGUCAAGGCAUGUUUUGGAAAAAUAAACCCAAAAUAGAAACCAGCAUGGCAGCUCUCAAACAUAAUGUCUUUUUGCUAAUCAAACUUUGCUCAUCUAAACUCAGGAUAAAAUGAUGAGCUUCACGGAUUCUGUGCCAUUGGACGUUAUUCAACCACUGGCCUCGCUACUAAUCUCACAUCUCAGAAUGAGUUGCUUGUUGAAGAGCUAGUCUUUUUUACUCAUGCUUUUACUCAGAAUGAGACACACGACCCUUUUCAUCUAGGGUGUUUGUGUGCGCAUGUACUCGUUUCAAAGAGAGACGAAGAGAAAGAGAGAGUUUGUUUUGGAACUAGUUAAAAGUUAAAACAAGACAGAAAGACUUAAAUGGAACAUUUGGGGUAGAGGAAAAAGAGGCGCAGGAGAGAUAUCAACAGAAAGACAUCCUGCUGCUGCUGCUAUUGGGGGUCCUAAGGCACAGUCAUCCAUAACGUUGGUUUAUAUAUGACUCAUCUGACAUUUCUGAUAAAGAUUUAAUGCUGAAGAGUUGUCCCCUCAUCUUCAAAGUUUCAGAGGGGCCUGACUAACUCACAUCUCUCGUCUUCUUCUCACCGUCUCCUAUCUUGUACACACUUUCAAGUAAGAUGCUCGCCCUGCUCAGUGUGCUCCUGCUCACAUCACAUGUCCUUCCUCUUGUCCAAUCACAAACGUGCAAUGAAAGAACACAGUACUCUAAUGACAAUCGGUGCUGCGAUAAAUGUCAACCAGGGCAGUAUGUCACACAGAAAUGCACAGCAAAGCAGUCUAAAACAGUGUGUGAGACUUGUAAAGAUGGCUACUAUAUGGACGACUAUAAUGGCAGUUACAACUUUUGCAAGCAUUGCACAAAGUGCACCAAAGACCAUAUGAGGACAAAGGAGGUCUGUACAGCGACAAGGGAUACAGUGUGUGAUUGUGAUAAAGGCUACAGAUGCAGCGACAGCAUAUGCCAAGCGUGUGAAAAAAUCCCUGUUUCAACUACUCUUUCAACUACUCCCCCACAUUCGACUCCACUAAAACAAAACAAUUUUACUAAAACAGUACAGCCAAUCAAUGAUAAUGUGUGGAUCUCGGUGAGUCUGUGUUAUGCGUGUGUGUGUGUGUGCGUUCUGCUCACCUGUUUCAUUCUCAUCAGCAGACAUGCACGACCAUGUGGAUGGAUCAUGUCAGCAUCAACCGGUUUCUGCCGCUCCGACAAGAGCAACUCUGGAUCCAGUCAGUGCACAGAAGAAGAGGAGGUUCCAAUGCCAGUGCAGGAGAUGUGUGGAACGGAUGAAAAACUGGAGGAUGUCUGAGAAAAGAGCAGGGAGAAGACCACUGAUGCGUCUGUGGAUUGAGUACUUACUCUAAUGCAAACCUGCUGCUGCCAUUUACGCAAGAGAAACUCUGCACUCAGGCGGCCUAUCUGAAGGUUCUGUGACAAUGACUGUCCAUCCUGAGAAACGCUGAGAUUGAGAGAGAUUUGAGUCGCCGCUGCACAUAAGGACACACUCGACAUACAACAUAGGGCUAAUCUUUUUCAACAAAUUAAGGUUUUAUUCUCUGCACGCUUGUUUGUAUUUAUACCUGGGUAGUUUUUGCAUAACACGCCCAUGGACUCUUUGUAAACUCAAGAUUUUAUGUUAAAAUGUAUAGGAAUGUAUAAGGUUUUUCCACUAUUUUUAUUUUAACUGUAAAAACACGUCUCAAAAUAUUGUUUCAGAUAUUUUCAAAAAGCAAAUUUUGUUGGGAAUAUAGCAUGUCGCUUCCGAGAAGUCAGCUACCCAGUUGCAUAAUACAGAAACCAGAAU